UGGAGAAGUUCAUAUUUCCGGCUGAUUUUCUUAUCUUGGACAUGGAAGAAGAUAAAGAUGUCCCACUCAUUUUGGGGCGACCUUUCUUAGCCACUGGGAGAGCAAUUGUAGAUGUUCAAAAGGGACAGCUGAUAUUAAGGCUUGGUGACGAGUAAAUCUCAUUCAACGUGUUCAAAGCAAUGAAAUUUCCUACUGAGGCAGACAGUUGUUUCCAGAUCAAUGUAGUCGACCGAAUAGUUCAAGACACAUUUCGGCUAUAUCAGCCUUCUGAUGCAUAUGAGGCAUGCAUUGCACAUUCACAAUCUACCCACUCUGAAUCAAGUGAGAUCGAGACAUGUGCUAGGUUUUUGGAGAGUAACCAGCCAUAUAUGCGUAGACGCUACUAUGAAGAGCUGGGAACUAGAACUGCAAAAUCUGUGCCAUCUAUUGUGAAACCACCCAAAUUGGAACUCAAACAACUGCCACCACAUCUUCGAUAUGUGUACCUGGGAAAAUCUUCUACACUACCUGUUAUUAUUUCAAGCACUGUCAGUGAGGUAGAGGAAGAGAAACUACUUCGGGUGUUAAGGGAGAAUAAAACAGCUAUUGGAUGGUCUAUUGCAGAUAUAAAGGAGAUUAGCCCAUCCAAAUGCAUGCAUAAGAUACUCAUGGAGGAAAAAUUUAAACCAAGCAUUGAUGGGCAGCGGAGAUUGAAUCCACACAUGAAGGAAGUGGUUAGAGCUGAAGUAUUGAAGUUGCUAGAUGCGGGCAUUAUUUAUCCAAUAUCAGAUAGUGCAUGGAUCAAUGCAGUGCAAGUUGUUCCCAAGAAAGGAGGAAUCACGGUGAUAGAAAAUGAGAGAAAUGAGUUGAUUCCUACACGGACGGUGACUGGAUGGAGAGUGUGCAUUGACUACCGUAAGCUUAACUCAGCUACUCGAAAGGAUCAUUUUCCAUUACCGUUCAUCGAUCAGAUGUUGGAGAGAUUAGCAGGGCAUUCGCACUACUGUUUCCUAGAUGGGUACUCCGGGUAUAAUCAGAUUCCAGUGGCUCCAGACGAUCAGGAGAAGACCACUUUCACGUGCCCCUACGGCACCUUUGCAUACAGAAGGAUGCCAUUUGGAUUAUGCAACGCUCCCGCUACAUUUCAGCGCUGCAUGAUGGCUAUUUUUUCAGACAUGAUUGAGAAAUACAUCGAGGUAUUCAUGGAUGACUUCUCUGUGUUUGGAUCUUCAUUUGAUGAGUGCUUGGAGCAUCUAAGUCUUGUGCUACAACGGUGUACGGAGACCAACUUGGUGUUGAAUUGGGAGAAAUGUCACUUUAUGGUGCAAGAAGGUAUCGUACUAGGGCACAAAAUUUCAGCAAAGGGUAUCGAAGUGGACAGGACAAAGAUUCAGGUAAUCGAGAAGUUACCACCACCUACCUCAGUGAAGGGCGUUCGCAGUUUUCUUGGGCACGCUGGAUUCUACAGAAGGUUUAUCAAGGAUUUUUCAAAAAUUACCAAAUCUCUGUGCUGUUUACUGAUGAAAGAGUCCACAUUUGAGUUUACUGAUGAGUGUCUGCAGGCCUUUAAUACUUUGAAAGAGAAGUUGACUUCAGCGCCUGUAAUUAUCACACCGGAUUGGAAUCUGCCAUUUGAAUUAAUGUGUGACGCCAGUGAUUAUGCUGUGGGAGCCGUGUUGGGUCAAUGUAGGAAUAAAGUAUUUCACGUGAUCUACUAUGCAGGUAAGACUUUGAACGAUGCUCAGUUAAAUUAUGCCACUACGAAGAAAGAGCUUCUUGCUGUAGUCUAUGCAUUUGACAAAUUUCGAUCAUACCUUGUGGGGUCGAAGGUCAUAGUUUACACAGAUCAUGCCGCCAUCAGAUACUUGAUGGAGAAGAAGGAUGCUAAACCACACCUCAUCCGUUGGAUAUUGCUACUUCAGGAGUUUGACCUGAAAAUCAAGGAUAAGAAAGGCAGUGAAAAUGUGGUAGCGGACCACUUAUCUCGGCUUGAAGACACAGAACAGGAAGAGACAGUGGAAAUAAACGAGAUCUUCCCAGAUGAGCAGAUCUUUGGUGUGAUAGAAGCACCCUGGUAUGCAGAUAUAGUUAACUAUUUAGCCAGGGCUAUCAUACCGCCAGAUUACUCAAGGCAUUUUGGUGCUUCUAAGACAGCGGCGAAGAUUCUCCAAUCAGGUUUUUACUGGCCCACACUCUUUAAGGACGCAUUUGAAUUUGUAAAGAGGUGUGAUCGAUGUCAGCGCACGGGUAACAUCUCUAGAAGAAAUGAGAUGCCGUUGAGUAAUAUCUUGGAGGUGGAAUUAUUUGACGUCUGGGGGAUUGAUUUCAUGGGGCCAUUCCCACCAUCCUUCUCAAAUCAAUACAUUAUAGUGGCGGUGGACUAUGUCUCGAAAUGGGUUGAAGCGGUUGCAUUGCCUACAAAUGAUGGGAAAGUCGUGAUUGAGUUUGUGAAGAAGAAUAUUUUCACCCGGAUGCCUCCUAAACGAACUUCAAAGGGAAAAGAGAAAGUCGGCUCCUCAUCUGGAACAGCCCGAACAAGAGAACCCAAAGGGGGUGUUAGAAGAUUCCUUUCUUCAGAUACAGCAGCCUGCUACGCCAAUGUUGUGCGUGAUUGGGCAAUCAUUCCCGAGAGGCCAGUUAAGUUAGAAGACUUCCCCAACUUUGAAUUGACAUAUCUUAUUCACAAUUGCGGUUGGGAAAAGGUUAUAGAAAGAUCUCAUCCGGUGUAUGAGAAUCUAGCAAAGGAAUUUUAUGCAAAUUUCAACACAGAAAUUGACACCCCCGGAUCGGAGCACUUACAUCAGACUUGGUUAUCCUGGAAUAAUGUAGUCCCUAUUCCCGAGGACUUCAAUUGGCAUGAGGUUGCAGAAAUAUUGUUGGGACGUGAAAAUGCUUGGUCUCUACCUACAGCAGACUGGCAUCAAAUAGAUCUCACCCCAUCCAUAGCAAUUUUAUGGUUAUUCAUGUACCAUAACAUCGAGCCUAUAUCCCACAGAACAACAUUUACAAAUCCAAGGGCCGGAUUCAUAUACCAUUUGGUUAGAGGGAACAAGAUUGAUCUAGCCACGUACAUCUACAAUCAAAUUCUUGGUACAGGCACUUGGGGUGAUAGGCAUUACUCCCUAAUUUUUCCCAGUCUGAUAUGUGGAAUAUGUAGAGCAGCGGGGAUACAAAUCCAACCUGGGGAAGCACCGAAAAAGCCAAGUCCCUUUAUCAAGCAAUCCACAUUAGAGGCCCAAGACCGAGCAAGACUGAAGCACCAACAGAAAUUAGAGAACGCACGACGACGACGGCAAUUGAAUGAGGAAGGUCAAGCAGAUGCAGACCUUGACAUGCCUCAAAUUCCUCCACCACCACCCCAAGCUGAUAUGGACAAUCAGGUUUUGAGGCAGAUUUUCACCACCACCACAGGGAUCAGCCGCGAUGUGCAGAGUCUCCAGCAGGCUAUGGGAACUUUGACGACUGAGGUGCAUACAGCCCACCGUGACGUCCGCAUUGCCUCUGAUAUGUCACGUGCCGCCCGCCAGGAUGCCCAAGCAGCUAGGAGGGAGAUGGACACUAUGAAUUGUCGACUAAGUGUGUACGUGAGCAGGGUGGAUGGCAUCCAGCUGAGAGUGAAUGAAACUUGGGAGCGUUUAGGCCGUUUGGAGACACGGGUUGAGGGGAUCCACGAGGAAAUGACACAGCAGUCAGCACUGAUGAGAGAAAUCAUAUCUCGCCUUCCGUCUCCUCCUGCAGAUCAUGCUACGGGUCCCAGCUACACACCACGACCACCACUUUGA